UGUCUAAGCAAUCUGGACAUUCGUAUCAGUUAUAUCUGGGAGGUAAUAGUAAUACAUUGUUCUGUCUCGAUUUGGUCUAUGAUUUCACAAUUAUUUGCAUAGUCCUCUCGCUGAUUUGUCCGAUUUCUCUCAGGGCUUUGUCUUAUACGUGAUUUCUGGUUGGAUUUUGGGCGUUACGUCUUUUGCUGAUUCUUUUCUUGCAGACCUUGACGAGUUAUCGGAUAAUGAAGCUGAUCUUACUGAGGAAAAUAAUGCUGAGCUUGAAAACAUGGAGGAAGAUGAGGAUGGGGACAUGGCAGAUCUAGAAGCUCUUAAUUAUGAUGAUUUGGACAGUGUCUCAAAACUGCAGAAAACACAGAGAUUCAUUGAUAUAAUGCAGAAAGUAGAGGAUGCACUUCAGAAGGAUUCUGAUAUCUCUAAUCGUGCACUGGUUUUGGAAGAUGAUCCAGAAUACCAGCUGAUUGUGGAUUGUAAUGCAUUGUCAGUUGACAUUGUGAAUGAAAUUGUUAUUAUUCACAAUUUUAUCCGUGACAAGUACCGGUUAAAGUUUCCAGAGUUGGAAUCGUUGGUGCAUGAUCACCCAAUUGAUUAUGCUCGAGUUUUUUGCUAUCUUCUGCUUGAUUGAGAUGAAGAAAAGAGAGAGGUGGAAUACAAAAGAAAAGAUUGGUCCGUGAAUGUUGAUUUCAAUGUAAUUUUUAGUAUCUACGUCUUUGUAUGCAGGAAUGGCAUCUGGUCGUGAUGAUUUUUGUACACAUUUGUAAUUGCAACCACAAAGCAGUAGAAAUUUUUGGUCAUUCUGAUUCUAGUUGCCUUAGGAUCACUUGAUUUCUAGCAAGUGUCCAGACAAAAACGAAAAAGGGCCAUUCUGAUCAGUUGUUGGAUCAUUAACCAUGUUGAGAUUCUCCUAAGACCCUACCAUCCCCACCCCCAUCAAAUGAAGAAGAAAAAAAACACUCUGAAACAGAAGAGGAAAGAGAAGGCAACUGUCAAUUAAGCCACUUGAGUUGUGGAUAUUUUAUGAUGAUACUUUUUCAUUUGUUUGUACAAUUGUAUUUUCUCUUAGUUCUGUUUUCCACAUGCAGGGAAUUGAGCUCACAAACCCACAGGCUCAUGCACAUCAGCUUGGGAGUGGAACUCAGAGUACCUACUUCUCUGAAACAGGAACGUUUUCGAAUAUUAGGAGGACCUCAUCUACAAGCAAAUUAUGGUUACGAUAGGCGUCAAGUGAAACUGCAGUGAUUUAUUCAGUCGGGGCAGUCUUAACAGUUCAUCAUCUCCAUUUUGCAGACUAUGCAUAUUGAAAUUUGAGAAGUAAUUUGCCUAUAUAAAUAAAAAAAAAGAGGUGAUUUUUAUCAACAAUAUCUAAAAUUUGUGAUCUUUUGUUUUUCGUAAAACAAGAAUUUUGUUACCAAAACAGGCAAAAUGCAUCAAACGGACUUAUUGCCCAAAACUACCAAAAUCCCAACGAUCUUGAUCCUUGCGAAAAUACUCCCUCUUGAGAGACCGCGUCGCCCCACGAGCCAGUGUAAGUCUUUGGUGUCUCCCUCACCAUCGCUCCGGUAGUCCCUUCCACGCAUCAAUUUUUGCUUCUUGCAACAUCGAUCAUCUCUUUGGAUUUGCUACUCCGACCAUCUUUCUACUUUUUGCAGAGGUAAUUUCACUGUUUUCUCUUCUUCUUUAUGCUAGGUCUGAAAUUGAUUGGUAAUGUUGAUGCUGGUGUGUUUGAUAGGUUAUCUAUAGUUGACGAGUUUAGAUAUUCCAUUUCGGGUGUCUGAUUUUUGGGAAUUAUUUUUUUUUGGUGGUAUUUGUAGUUCCAGUGCUUAGCUUCAGGGUUUAGCUUUGUAAGUUCGUUUUUGUUUCUCUUUUGUGGUUUCUUCUUGUAUUUUCAGGUUGUGGUCUCGUCUAAAAUUGUUGUAUUGUUCAUUCUUGUACUUCUCUAAUCUCUCUCUCUCUGUUUUUUAUUUUUGGUAAAUAAUCACACUCUCUCUUGCUCUCCUCCUAUCAAAUUUUGCCGUAAUUAUAAUUUCCUUUCUACAUUUGAUAAACGUAAUUUUCAUGCUGCAUAAAAGUUGAUGCCGAAACCGGCUGAGACUCUAUUUGUAAAAAUCUGAUCUUUUUUAUGGAAGGUCUGGUUGUAACAUCAUAGUGAAAUUUCACUGGUAUUAUGUUACUAGAUCAUAAAAGUUUCACAUGAUGUAAAUAAAGGAAAGGCAUUGAUAGUUUUAUUUUAGCUCUGUUUACUUUUGGAUGUGUAUAUAGAGUUGAUGUUUUGUUGGUUUUUAGAAACACUGCUCUUUGCGUUCUUGGCCAACUCUCUACUUCAUAAAUUCUUUCUCAUGCGAAUUAUGCCAUCUCCUUGCAUUGAACACCCAUAUUUUUCUCUUAAAUGUACAGAAUUAGACAGAACUCAGACUAGAUGUGUAGACUCUAGAUAUGCUUCAUAGAAAUUAGCAUUUUUUUUUUGGUUUAGUUAUUGUUUUCAUUGGUAGGAUAACUAUAUAAUCAUGCGGGUUGCAAGGCCUAUUUUAAAUUCUUACGGGCUGUCAGUAUUUGAUAUAUGCUACUCAACAUUUUCGUUUCAUACUACAAGAGUAUCUGAUAUUUUCCGUGCUUUUUUCUUCCUCUGCGGAUAUGAAAAGUUGGUUGAAAAUUAAUUAGAAUGAUACCAAAGUUUAAGCACAAAUAAUCCAGUUUUUUGCUACAAAAUUUGGCAUUCUUUGUUACAUGUCUUAGAGCAAUACAUUCAAUGGAGUUAAUUGUGCUUUUAUAACAACUUCGCCAUUUUUGGUGCUUGAAAGUUGUGUUUUUAAGCCUUGAUUUGAUUUUUUAGCACGUGCUAGUUACCUAAUGAAGAACUUGUACCUAUGGUUAUUUCCAUGCUAUUUUAUCUGUGGAAGAGAUAGAUAUGCUUUGCUAAACGUCUUUUGUCCUUGUAUGAAAUAUGGUCUUUCAGCAGGCCUAGAAGAAGAUUUGUUUGUGGGAAUCUGAAACUAUUCAGGCUUAAGUUUAAUUAUACCAGCUAUUCAGUGAUAAACCAACCCCAUAUCUGUGUUAAAAAUCCCAUGGCUAAAAGAGG